UAAAAAACCUAAUAAAAAAAUGUAAAACGGAUAAGAGAAGGUCGGUCAGCCACGCAGUCGCGGGGACGAAGCACACCAAGCAGCUUGCAGAUCCCCCAUGGCAAGCUCCACCUCCCUCCUUCCCCUUCUCGUCCCCGCCCCUGCCUCUCGCCACCGCUUCUACACGUCCACGUCCGCUUCCCCCCGCCACCUGCGCUCCUACCCUGCCCCUCGCCUCCUCCGCGCUGCCCGGCGCCGACACUCCGACGCCGUCGUUGUCGUCCCAGAUGCCCGCCCCUGGGUCGGCGAUCUCUCGGGCGCCGCCGCGUCUUACCGGGAUGGAACCGAGGAGGACGAAGACGACGCAGAUGAAGAGGAGGACGAAGACGAGGACCGCAGCCUGGACCUACUGGCCCGCUUCCUGCACUCCGUGUUCAGGAAGGCCUCCCGCCGCGCGCGCCGCGCUGCCAGGUCCGUGCUGCCGCCUUCCGUCCCCGCCGAGCUGGUGAAGUUUUCGGUCAAUGGCGUGCUGGUCCUGACGUCCUUAUGGAUUCUGAAGGGUCUUCUCGAGGUGGUCUGCACAUUUGGAAGCAUGGUGUUUGCAAGCAUCCUUCUUGUUCGUGGUAUAUGGUCUGGGGUGGCAUACAUCAGAGAAAACCGUUACAGCUAUAUUCACCGGAUCGACAACGAUGAGAACCGAUGGAGCAGAGUGCAGACUGCUGGUUGAUAUUUUGCUUUCCUUCUCUGUGAAGUGUGAACAGACACCACACCCUGCAUUUGCAGGCUCUAUAGAGUACAAAAGGAAAAUAUAUGGUCAGCAAUGAAUAAAAUGCUCCCCUGUCCGGUGCCAAAUGAUUGUUACUAUUGCUAGACCCCGCGGCUGAACGAGGAUGAAACGAAUCCACAUGUACCUGCACAGAAAAGUGGUUUCCGUUCGAGUUGGGCGCCUUGAGGAUCGAUGGUUGAGUUGAUCAUAGCUCAUGCGUUCAGUACAGUGCAUGGAAGAAUGCAAAUUGUGCUGAAGGAUCGGGGAUGCUUUUGGAAGGUGCCGGCUGGGCUGGCGUCGGCCGUGUGUAUGACUACAACCAGUCGACACCAAUGCUCAUGGUUGUAUUGUAGAUGCAAACUCUCGCUGGUUUAGAGUCAGAAACUCUUGGGAUUUUUAUUUGGGCACGCACAGAAAGUCAGAAUACUCGUCGUAUGAUGUAUCUGAUGUUUCAUCACAUGACCGUUCUGACACGCAAUGGACUUGAUCACGGAAGUUUCAUCACUUCUAUAGGUUGUCUUCAGGAUCGUGCCUAGGAGAUCCGAGUCUGGCCAACCGUCCUCUUCUGAUCCGCAACAUAACAUGAUGUUGCCGCUUUGGCACUAUUGUCGUGA